CGACGCCACGUCCCCGCAACUCCACACUGAAGGGCAGAGAGGUAGAGCACAAGAGAGAAGAAGAAAGGGGGGGAGUCGGCAGACGCGGCGCGCUCCCCCUCCCCAUCUCCGGCUGGUCUCGCCGGGAGUAAGGGAAGCGAAGCCGCUGAAGCGGCAUGGAGCCCAAGCCGUCUUCGGCGGCGCACGGUGACGCGCCCGCGGCCGAGGCCCCCCGCCGCCGCGGCGGCGGCGGCAAGCGCAAGUCGUCUGGGUCCUCGUUCACGCCGUCGAAGCGGCAGGCCAAGGAGAGGAACGCUGCCUUCCACGUGCCCCCGCACCUGCUGCACAGCGGGCCGCUCACGCGCGCCGCGCGCCAGUCGCCGCACAAGCUCGCGGGCGCGCCGCCAGAGCCGGGACCAGCGUCAUCGGCGGCCCCAGCUGGGGAUGGGGUCGGCGGCGGGCAGGGAGAGGUCGGUGCGAUCCGCCCCGAAAGGGAGGAGACGCCGGCAGCGGAGCAGCCGCUGGUGGAUGAGGUGUUCGAGGCCGUCCGAUCCCGCGGCGCCGGCGUCCAUGUGGUCCCUACCUUUGCUGGAUGGUUUUCAUGGAAAGAGGUCCACCCGGUUGAGAAGCAGACCUUGCCUUCCUUUUUUAAUGGAAAAUCUGAGAAGCGGACACCUGAGAUAUAUUUGGCGAUUAGAAAUUCCAUCAUGAUGAAAUUUCAUGCCAAUCCUCAGUUGCAGCUGGAGUCCAAAGAUUUGGCCGAGUUGUCAAUCGGGGAGAUCGAUGCUCGGCAGGAAGUCUUGGAGUUCUUGGAUCACUGGGGCUUGAUAAAUUUUCACCCUUUUCCACCAGCUGGACAAGAGGAGAGUAAGCCUGAGGCGAGCCAAGACAAUUCUCAUGAUGAGGACAAAGCUUCUUUGAUCGACAAGUUGUUUAAAUUUGAACCGGUUCAAUCAUAUAUGAUGCCUUUGCCCAAGAAAGAAGAUGUGGGAGCUCCACCCCCUCUGCCUAGCUUGUUUCCUGAUCCUGUACUUCUUGAAGAUGUAGUUGCAGCAGCUGAGCCUUCUGUUGAGUACCACUGCAACUCAUGUUCAGUUGAUUGCUCGCGGAAGCGCUACCACUGUCGGACCCAGGCAGAUUUUGACCUGUGUUGUGAUUGCUAUAACGAAGGAAAGUUCGAUCCAGGCAUGGCCAAAACUGAUUUCAUCCUCAUGGAUUCUUCAGAAGUUUCAGGUGCUAGUGGUACUAGCUGGACUGAUGAGGAGACCUUGCUUCUUUUAGAAGGUUUAGAAAUUUUUGGUGGAAAAUGGGCCGAGAUUGCUGAACAUGUAGCUACUAAAACAAAAACGCAAUGCAUGUUGCACUUUCUUCAAAUGCAAAUCGAGGACCGCUUCCAUGAUGCCGAAGAUAUUAAUCAAAAUAUCCCAGGAAGUACUGAGCAAGUCACAACUGAGAAAGGCAUUGCUGAAACAUCUGAGAAAAUGGACGUUGAAGAUAAAGCGGAAGGAAAAGAUACUGCAGAUGAGAGGGCCUCAGAGAAAAUAGAGGGCAACUGUGAAGGAACGAAAACUGAAGAUGCAAGUGUUGUUGAAAAUAAAGAUACUCAGAACUCAGUUAGCAAAGAUUCAGCUGCAUCCCCGAACACUGAAGAGCCAAAACAAUCAUCUGAUGAGCAACCUACUGCAAAGGAGAAUUCUGCUGAUGUCGACACUUCUGGUGAAAAACUGUCGAAUUUUGCUAUUGAUAUCCUAAAAUCUGUGUUCGAGGCUGCUGGUCACAGCCCAGAAUACGAAGGUUCUUUUGCUGAUGCAGGAAACCCAGUUAUGGCACUAGCAGCAUUUUUAGCUGGCCUUGUGGAAGAUGAUAGUGCUACCACUUCCUGCCGUAGUUCCCUAAAAGCUAUCUCUGAGGUGUCUCCUGCGCUCCAAUUAGCUAGUAGGCACUGUUUUAUUCUUGAGGAACCACCAAAUGAUCUGAAAGACAUUUGUGUUAGUGUAAGUAAUAAAAAUACAGAUGGUGAUCAAACGAAAGAUGAGGAGAUCACUAAAAAUUCAGUUGAUACUGAGAAAAAGGAAAUCAAUGAGAACAAAGAUAAUUCUUUAUCUGUGAAAAAGCAUAAUAAUUCAUCUAUCUCACAAAACGACAACCAAGGAUCAGACGGUAAGAAUGUCUCAUGUGAUGAUUGCCCCAUAAAGGAGGCCAAAACCAAUAAUGCCAUGGAGUCAGGUGAUUCAACUGCUACUGUGGAUAAGAGUGCAACUGACAAUACAAAAGGUUUGAUGAGUUCCAUGAAAGAUUCAGUUACUCCAGAUAAUAUGACUGAAUGUGGUUUAUUAGCUUCACCAGUGGUUGUUGCAGGAAGUAAUAUAGGUGCAAGUAAUCCUAAGCAAGUAAAUGACAAAUCAAAUGUCGAGAUGGAGGCUCCUGACGAUUCAUCUUUAAAAGGGAAGGACCGGCUCAAUAAGACUAAAGAUGCAGUUGCUACACCAGCCACCCAACAGGAAGAUAGGCAAAGUGAAACAUUGGAAAAUGGCAAUAUGGGAGAACCUAACAACAUUGAGAGUGUAGCUGCCAACGAAGAGAAGGGCUCUAUAGUUACUGCAAAUCAGAAUGAUUCCAUAACUAGGCUCAAACGAGCAGCAGCCACUGCUAUAUCAGCAGCUGCUGUGAAAGCUAAAUUUCUUGGUGAUCAGGAGGAAUAUCACAUUCGAAGGUUGACAGCACUGAUGAUUGAAAGACUGUUCCAAAAAAUAGAAGUGAAGAUGUCGUUAUUUGCUGAGAUUGAGCAGGUGGUCCUUCGAACAAGAGAGUACACGGAGAAGACCAGAAAGAAGCUCCUAUUGGAGCGAAAUGCGAUAAUUGCAGCUCGCAUGGGGGCAUUGCCAUCUAGGCCAAAUCAGCCUGGUGUAGCUGGAAACAGAUUACCGCCUGGAUAUGGCAACCCUGCUGUACGGCCACCAAAUGCAAUGCCACGACCCAGCAGCUGAGGAAAUUCAGAUUCCAGACUCCUAGUGACCUAUACUUCAUUCUUUUAGAAGCAUACCUGUAAGACUCAAACCGACCAGCUUGUUGUAGCAUUUUUUAGAAAGUACAUUGUACAAUUGUCUGUAUAACUGCCGCCAUGAAAAUUCAACAUUUUUUGCUUGAAUUUUCGAUUGUACUCGCUUCUCGGGACGCCAUAGCUCCACAAAGAUUUUAAACCUUAAGUCAGAUAUGGUCUAUGUUGUAAAAUAGAGAAUAAUUCUUAUCAUAUUCUGUGAUAGUGUGAUUGGAGUAUGCUUCCAUACCAUCA